UCCAGACUUGCUACUUGGCUCGUGAUGACAGAUUUCCAGAAGCGUGUUGGGUCCCGAUGUUGUCUGAUUUUGACUUGGAAAUGGCUUUUGUCAAGUCUUCAGAUCCUUACCUUUUGGUGAAGGUGGAAAUCUUAUCCUCAAAUGGCACUUGGGACGCUGUGACCAACAUGGACAUUCCAAAGCUCUCCCUACCAGAUCUUCCUAGAAAUAAUUAUUCUACUAAGCUCCCAGGAUUGUUUAAGGAAAAGAUGGAAAAGACUCUCUCUAUAGUACAGAAAGCCUUAAACUGGAAUGAUGAAGCUGGUGAUGAAGCUUCCUUGAGACCACCCCGCCCUCCCUUGACUGACAGUGAAUUCCAGAAUAUGCUGAAUCGGGUGGGUCAGUUGGCUCAACCAAAAGAAUUGCGAUUAUGUGUUUACCUUGGCGGCUUGGAACCUUCACUAAGAAAAGUGGUGUGGAAACACUUAUUGAAUGUGUAUCCAGAAGGGCUUACUGGGCGUGAAAGGCUGGACUACAUGAAGAAGAAGACUCAGGAGUAUGAAAGCCUCAAAAAUGUCUGGCAAGAGCAUAUGAAGAAUGAAGAGAAGCAGAUAAGUGAGGAAGUGAAGUAUGUCACCAAUAUGGUUCGUAAGGACGUCUUGCGCACUGACCGUCACCACACUUACUUCAGUGGACCUGAUGACAACAGCAAUGUGCAAUCUCUCUAUAAUAUUUUAACCACGUAUGCUCUGAAUCAUCCUUCUGUUGGUUAUUGUCAAGGAAUGAGUGACUUGGCUUCUCCACUCUUAGUCACCAUGCGUGAUGAAGCACAAGCAUAUGUUUGUUUCUGUGCCCUUAUGGCUCGGGUGCAUUCCAAUUUCCACAUAGAUGGGGAUGCUAUGACUCUGAAGUUCCAGCACCUUACAGAAGCUCUCAUUUUCUAUGACUUGGAAUAUUUUACAUACCUUCAGCUGCAUCAGGCUGAUGACUUGCUGUUUUGCUAUCGGUGGCUACUGCUGGAGUUGAAGCGAGAGUUUGCAUUUGACGAUGCUCUACACAUGCUGGAGGUUUUGUGGAGUUCUCUUCCUCCAGAUCCACCUGCAGAAUCUCUUCCACUCUAUGAGGUUUUAUUUAAUCCCGUUCAAGAACCAGAGGUCCCACUGCCACCACCAACACCAAGACAGAACCAUUAUGCCAAUGUAUGUGCCCUAAGACGUCAGAGGUCAUGUGUUUCAAACCGAAGUGCUGAGUGCCUUGCUGCCAUACUUAGUAGAAGGGCGGCUAGUGUUGACUGUGAUGGUGCAGAUGGUAGUGCAGGUGGGAAGAGACUAAGUCGAACAUGGUCUCAGCCCAUUGACACAUCUCACCUACGAACAAGAAUACCUAGUGGCGAGGCAGGCAUUAAUGUUGAUAGAAUCAGAGAGGAAAACACAUCUCCAGAAGAUAGUCCCACUAGGAAUGUUAGAAAAAUUAGAAAUCUAAGAGAGUUCCAGCUUCUGACAAAAAAUAGAGACUCAGAUACCGAGAGUAAUCCUGGCUCACCGAGCAAGGAUUCCAAGAAUACUCCCACCAGAAAAAAAAGUGAGGCAGCUAAACAAAUAUCAGGAGACAUGAAAGUCAGCAAUAAGUCCAGAAGAUGUUUCUCGGAUUCUGAUGCUGAUGUUGGCGUACCAGUUUACUCAGACGGUGGGGAAGUUGAUGUAUGGCAGAAUCCUGUGGCAACACUCUCACCAGAGACUGACCAACAAUUACAGAUAAUAUGUCAAGAGGAGCAGCCAUCUGUGGUACAGCAACUAAAACCAAAGACUAACGGCCAACAUCAAACAUCAGAAAAGACAGAGGAGAAUGAUACUUCAAUGAAUAUCAGUGUCAAUUCUUGUGAAGAGGUGACCUGAAGUUACGGGAUGGCAAGUAACCAUGAGCUCGGGGGAGAAUCACGUGCCGACAAUGCCACCCCCUGAAGAGUUUGGUGGUGGUAAUCCUUUUCUCAUGUUCCUGUGCCUAACUCUUCUUUUGCAGCAUCGCGAGCACAUCAUGCAAAAUAAUAUGGACCACAAUGAAUUGGCAAUGCACUUUGACAAGAUGGUUCGGCAACACAAUGUGAAUAAGGUGCUAGCUCAGGCACGCCGUAUGUUUGAGGCAUACCUUAAAUUAGAUUUUUCCAAAGCACGCUCUAAGAAUACUCCUCCAAGUUCUGUAGGCGACCAAUCUUGUUAAAGUUCACCAAGUAGAUUAUUUGAAAUUGUUAAAAUAUUUGUUCACAUUCCUCAAAGCCUUGAGAAAUAAGACCUAAUUCAAUUUGCUUUUGCCUACAGUAAGAUGUUGCAUUAUGUGCAUAGGAAGAAAAAAAUGUUCAAAUACAGUAGUGUAAGCAAUUUUGUAAAUAUUUAGUAUCACAGAAUAUAUGUUACCCUAAAAUUGGUAUCAGUACCUAAUAAGUGUGCUCCCUAUAUCCCUCAGAUGUAUCCACUUUGUUUGGUAUACAACUCCCUUUUUUUUUCAUUUUGUAGACUUUAACCUAAAUUCUCAACUCUCAGGAACCCUCAAGGUUUCCUUUUGGUGACUAUUUCUGUAACCGAUAAGUCAGGUGUUUAGUAUUCAAUGCAAUACAAAUAAUUAUGGUUCUUUUUAUGGCAUUUAUCAUCACCUGAAUUAAUCAUAUUUUUUCAUACAUUGAAUCAUCUUGAACAUUUAAUCAUAUGAAUCAUAUUUGAGCACAGAUAUUUGGUAUUUCAUUUUGUACUGUGUGUUUCAAUCUUGGUUAUCUUUUAGAAGUGCUAGUUACUUUCCAGUAUUUUUUCUUUCUUUAGAGUGUAAUAAUGUAAAUAUGAUUAUCAGGUAUCAAAUCUUGAUUGUUUUACUCUUUUGUGCAAUGGUAGUGUGAAGAGGAUAUUUUUAGUUAGAGGAGAGUGUUGUGACUAGACUAGGAUUCCUUUGUUUCAUGAAUUAGCAGAGACUCAGCUAAGCCUGUAUAUUCACAUUUCUUGCAUUUAUCUAUGCAGGGCUUGAUAUUGCAGACUCCUUUUUUUAUAUGUCUAUCACAUUUAUGAAAUAAGUAAUGAUAACAUCAUUGAAAGCCUUUGGCAAUGUAAAAUCAGUGUUAUAGAUAGACCAGUGAUUCAUGUUACAAAGAGCAAAACAAAGGGAAGAAAGAAAACUAAAAGCUUUGAGUAGAAGUUACACAACCAUUUGUAUUCAAAAUCACAUAGGUGUAAAAAAAAAAAAGAUGUUACAUGUAUACAGGCGAGUAGACUGACAUCCUUGAUCAUAUCAUUCCAAAGCCCAAACUUUUUUAGGUUUAAGGAAUAUGCAUGUCUUGGUUCAAGCAGAGGCUAUUUUUUUUCCUCCCAGGAGCAUUGGGUAUGGUUGUUGAGGCAUUGAAGUUAAAACCCCUUCAUGCUUUUAUAUUUUCAGUUAAAGGUGCCUUAGCAGCAUUUAACAAAAUGUGAUAAUUUGAAACAUGAGAUAUUUGAAGUUUGAAUGAGGAAUACGUGAGUGAUUGAUGUUCAUUGUACAGGUUUCACUUUUAUGAUUGAUCUGCAAUCCCAAAAGACUGGAAAGUCCAGAAAGUAAAGAAGGAUAAUGUUAUUUUAUGAGAAAUAUACUCUUAGGCUUCAAAUAGGGAAAUGGCAUGUCCCAAUAAUGGAUGGCUUUUCAACUCCUAACUUAAGUUUAGAUGAGGAUAGCACAUUAUCAGCUAGAAUGAUUAGAGUAUGGAAGAUUUUUUUCCCAUGGAAACUCGUCAUUACAGUUCUGUUUGUUCCAUGAAUUAUUAACAUGGUGAAAGAAGAAAUGUUUUUUAUUAUUUUUAGAGGACUUGUAUAGAAAAGCGAAUGCAUUGUAUUGACCCAGAUUUAUUCUGUAUUUUAUUAUAUUCAUAAAGUAAUUACGUACAGAAUGCACACACACAGUACUAGUCAGGGUAUUCGGAAGACAGCAUAUUGCCAAGAAUGAGAAUGUCAUUAUCUUUUCAGGUCUUGCAGAUUUCUCUCUUGCAGCAAAAUGGAAACUUCUAGUAUUCACAGUUAUUUUUGGUGCUAUUUCUGCCUACCUCACCAUUUCUUCUUUAUUGUCAUUUUUUUAUUUAGAUGAUGGCCAGGGGGUAAUGCUAACAUCAGUUUAAGAGAGCACAUUGGUGUUACAAAAAAAAAAAAAAAAUACUAGUCAUUUAAUGCAAGAUAUCUUAACAAAUUAAUUUUCAUAAAUCUGUAUGACUCCUGCUCUGUAUUUUUUUACAACUCAAUACUUUAUUUUUCAUUAAUGUUCAUGGAUAUCAUCCUGCAUACUGGAUUUCAAGGGUUAGACUUAACGGCUGUGCCCCAGCACUAGGCCAACCUUAAAAACAUAUUUUGCUAUCUAUCCCCAGAUGACUCUACUGUUGAACAAUAGGUAAGUCUAGAAUUAUUGCUGCACUAAAACCCAUGAUUUUAUUAUUAUUUUUAAGAAUUAGUUUUAUUUUUUGUAGACUGAAUGUCUGGUCAUUUUACCACUUUUGAAUCUGCUUGAGGGUGGGAAUGUUAUCAGGGUCCAGCAUAGUAAUUAAAUACAUAACAAUGUAUGUAGUUUUUUUGUUUAUUUGUUUAAUUAAACUUUACUAUGACUUACACAUUUAAAGUUUUUAUAUAUUAUUAUUCUACUCAUUGUAAUAUUUCCUCUGUACUAUAGGAGAGAGUUUUAUGGAAAAUAUCUUUACAUAAAGGAAGGAUUAUGUAUAAAGCAAAGAUUUUUGCUCUGUACCAAAAAUAUUGGCUGUAAAAUACUGAAUAAAGAGAAAAUAUCUUACUUUUCAACUUGAGUGGUGGUUAAUUAACUUGAAGGAGUUAAGUCUUAUCAGCUGGGAUUUUUUAUUGAUAGAUAGCAGUUACACUAAUUCUAACAUAAGAUUAGAAUAUUAAUUAUAAUAAUGGUUUUAUUUUCUGUAAAGAUGGUUUCUGCUAUCUAUGACUUUUCCUACAAACAAAGUCCCUCCCUAAAUUAUAUCAAAAUAAAACUCAUUGAUAUAUAUUUUCUGAGAGCUUCACAGAAGCAGAUAAUUCUUGACUGUAUCUGUUGCAUUUCAGAGGCAUUAUAUGUUAUCACCUUUAGGACAAAAUUAAGUGUAAAAAGUUACAGUGAAAAUAUCACAUCUUAAAGAUUAGUAGCUGGAUUUCCUGAGAUCAGCUGGACAGGUAGUUAAUGUAGAUUAUUUUGAUAUGUAGUAAUACAGUAAUUGUUAUCUUGCAAGAACUGUUUUUCCUAUGCAGUCAAAUAUUGUAAGCCUGUUCUUUUACAGCAUGGGAAACACUGAACUUACUCUUCACAAGAGAGUUGUUGCCAUUUGUUUGUCUUUGCAUAAGAGUUGUGUGUAAUACAGGUUGAAAUAGUUGAUUCUAGCUGAGGAAUGAAAUUUAUAAUGUAAAUUUGGCAUUUCUUAAUACUGUGAAAAAGUUGUAAUUAGUGUGAAACUAAUUCUGUUUAAGCAGUGUAUUAUUCAGAAAACUUUCUUGCAUAUAAUUGGAACAGAGAAGCUAGUUGGAUUACCAUUUAAUAUGAUUGAUUAGCAAUUAACAACUUUCAACAUGUUUCUAGUCAGGCUUUUUUUAAACUAGGUUUUAGGAAAUUUUGUCCUUUAAAUUGGUAUGGGAAAACUUUUCAUUGGUAUUUGCAUCAAUGUUACCCUUCUCUAUAACCUUAAAUAAUUUAGAUUUUAUAUAAUGAAAGAGAUCAGUUAAAAGUGAUCUGAAGUUCACAUAUGGGGUAUCAUGUAUUAAGCCACAAUAAUAAAGUGACUGUUAAAAUCUAUUUCUAGCUUGUACACCAAAGUGGAAGAGUAAUAUUAAUAGUCUCUUUUGACUCACUCUUGAUGUGAGCAAAGCUGCAACAAGGAAUUUCUUUUAGUUCAGUGUUAAAUUUAGUACUGCAUUGAUAAGGUUUGUAUCAUACUUUGCUUUUGCUUGUCUUUUGUGGUGACACUGCUUUAAGAGAUCCAUCUUUCUCACAGGGCACACCUUAACAUCAUAACAUGACAAAAUAUAUAGAUUAUGCAUUUCAUACAAUACAUUUUAGGAUAUCAAUCCAUAGUUUUUGUUAACCAGUUUGUGAGACUUAUUUUUUCAUUGUUUGAAGCAUGUUUCACUCGUGGGUUACAUUGGAUAGAAUGCCAACAAAAUCAUUAUCACUCUGAAGACACUUUAGUGCAGUAAUGAUUUUUCAAAGGAAAUUUGGCUUUAUUUUCUUGAUACAUUUGAUUUAAUAAUCAUGUUAACAUGGUGUCAUUUAUUUACCUUUGGCUCUGAAGUGGUAUUUUAUUGUAAAAGCCAAUUUUGACAUGUAGUUCUUUCGUUUUUUUGUGGCAUAUUUAUUAAGUUUUUAAAACAUCUGACCUAAAAUUUACUGUAUUUACAUGAAAAUGAUACUUAUGUACAGUCACACACUUCUGUAGCUUAUCUAUAUGU